CAUGAUGUGCGUGUACUGUGACUGAACAGUGCAAAGUCGUUGAAAACCAGGGAAAGGUUAUGGGAAAUGGCGGCGAGCGCUGCGUCGGCUGUGUGUCCCAGGAAUAAUUGACAAGGUGAACAUCGGGAAAUUGACGCCCCGCGACAGGAAUACUGACUGAUUUCAUUCCCGUGGCGGAAAACCCAUCUUGUACUGUGUCCGCAGACAUGCCACGAUAGUGGCUUCGAGUUCGAGGACCAUGGAUUGGGGAGGACGUUCAACCACGUCCGCCGUGACCACGGGAGUGGACGAGCUUGCAUUGGAUUUGGAUGCAAAUCUAGCCGACCUCAGCUUAGAGAAGACGAUCACUAGUAGUUUGAAGUCUGCCGAAGAAAUUGAGAGACUUACAGUGGAUGAACGCUUGAGUGAUAUUGAACGCGCUGUGUACUUGCUCAGUUCUGGGCAAGAGGUUCAACGAAUCAGCGUCAUCAACAACCUGCCUCAGCUCUUACGAGACCAUAACAAUGAGGCUAUGCGAAGAGUGGUGCCCAAAGUCAGGGAAGUCCUCCAUUUGGCCAACUGCGAUCUGCAGGACGCGGCCACCAAGGUGUUUGUCACCAUCAUCGAGGAGCGCAUCGUCACGCCGCCGGUGUAUGCCCAGAACUUCCUGCCCACCAUCAUCGCCAAUGUGGACAACCGAGACCCAGAUAUUUCAGAAGCCUGGUUGGAGGUGCUGCUACAGGUCAUCACCUGCCUACCCAAGGACAUCCUCAAGAGAGAUGUGUUGACGGUCGCCAUGGCCAAGGGUCAGCUUUCCCAGUCGGUGCAGUCCCGAUUGGCCAGUUGUCACAUCCUGGGGAAAAUAGCCACUCGCUGUGAUUCCUUCAUGAUCAAGAGAGACAUACUGCCUCUGGUUACCUCCUUGUGUCAGAACGUGGACUAUGAGGUGCGGGCCUGUAUGUGCCGGCAGCUAGAUUCCGUAGCCAGAGGCUUGGGUCUGGAACCUACCAAAAGUGCAAUACUUCCUGAGCUGGUUGAACUGAGUAACGACGAGGAAAGUUGUGUACGGCUUGCAGCACUGGAGACUAUAGUUAGCUUACUGAGUUUGCUAGACGAUGGUCUGAGCCCCACUAGAGAGACGUGUACACAAACAAUUAUUCCACUGGUGUGCAAGUUUUGUGAGACUGCCAUGCGAUGUGAAGACUCUACCUUGCCUUCCGUAGCCAGACAGUUUGGUCGACUCUGUCAUGGAUUAUCAGUCAAUCUUACAGAAGAUCAGAAAAUCUGGUUCCUGAACUUCUACUGCAAGUUGUGUGUCAUUGGUCUGGUGCCAGACAAAACAAGGGUCAACGAUAGGCAGAGCCCACCAAUCCUAAAUCUGUACAGAGAAGAAGACAGGCAUAUGGAAUGUCGACGACACUGUGCUUUCAAUUUUCCGUGCAUGGUUCUAUUUGCGGGGCCGCGUAAUUUCAAGACGGAACUACACGGCACCUUUGCCAGCCUGUGCGACGAUCCCAACAAGUGCGUCCGCAUCACAAUGGCCAGCGGCUUCCACGAGGUUGCCAAGAUGCUUGGUUCCAGCGUACUUACAAUACAGGGAGAGCUGAUCAGUCUACUUAAAGAUGACUCUCUAGAGGUUAUUCAGGGCGUUGUGUCCCACCUACCAGACGCGUUAGAUGCAUUUGCUAAAGGCGGGGGCAACGUGAUCACUGAAUCCAAGAUUCUUGGGUUUGGUUUUGACAAUCUAUUUCUUUGCCGAAGGAUUACAGGGCUGUCUGAUCUCAUUCCUGCCUUGCUGUCAGCGGAGAGUGCGGCGGCUGCCUCCCGCAAUUGGAGGCUACACCGGGACAUCCUUGACAAGUACAGCCAUCUACCUCGAUGCCUGACCAGUGACCAGAUCUACAGCAAGAUCAUGCCCGUCAUCUUCAGGCACAUCACGUCUCAUAGGGUAUUACCAGUCCAGCUCGCUGCUGCCCGCACAAUGUGUGUCUUCAUGCGGUACAAUCGCAAGCUAGAACAGAGACAAGACAUGUGUGGGAAACUUAUUGCAGAAUGCUGCCAUUCUAAGAACCACCGGUACAGGAAGCUUUUCAUAGACAUCUGCCACUUCUCUCUAGAGCUGUUCUCCAGGUCUUUCUUCAAGGAGAACCUUUACAACUACGUCAUACAACUUGCACAAGAUCCUGUACCAAAUGUCAGGUUAAAGUUUUGCUCCUUGUUACCGUCACUUAAAGCUCAGUUCAAGCUGCCUAAGGACUUGCAGCUGUCACAGCAGCUGGAGACAAUAGUCAGGCGACUGCUCAGCAUGGAGAGUGAUCAAGAUGUAGUUACGGCUGUCAGAAGGGCUGUAUUGGAGCUGGAUAAGAUUCCGAUGUGUGUUGGAUCUCUGUCCUCCAAGCGGCAGGCGGAAGACGACCUCCUGGACCAGAAGAAGGAGGAGGAUGAGCAGCUGCUGCUGGAGAUGGAGAGGCGAGAGCAGGAGGAUGCAGAGGGCAAGGCCGGCAGCGGCACCAAGGUUCCCAGCUCGGCCAAGGGAGGCGAUAAGAGGAAGACAGCCGACAGUAAGUUGACGGGGCCGAUGGCUACAACAGCCAGUGCAGCGGCGAAGAAAGUUACAAAACCAGCCAAGACUGGAAGUGCAACCGGUAAAAGGCCGCCUCCUGCAUCCUCCAGCAACACGUCGGUGCAGUCCACCAACAGAGGGACAAAAAUGGGCAAAGCGCCAGGCAAGAAGUCACUGGAGAAUGCCACCUUUGCAGCCCCCACUGCCAGCAGUGCAUCCAAGGUGACCACACCGUCAGUCAAGGCUGGGAAGAAAUCACCAGUACCAGAGCCCAACAACAACAAGCCCACUUCCAAUCGACGUAGAGCAGGCUCUGAUGGCCUAAUCUGCCUGUCUUCGCAUGUCAAGACGACCCCUUCCAGGUCACGGAAAGGGUCAGAGCAGAAUGCAACCACCGCCGUUGAUGGCCCAUCCAGCAGUGGAAGUACCUCAUCUAUAAAGAGAACGUCCAGUACAAGUGGAACACAUGGUGAAUCCAGAAAGAGUUCAGGUACAUCAGUCACCAGUCCACGUGUACGCCAGUCUUCAGCCAGUAGUGUAGCCACAACAAAUUCGACAACUAGGAUAAAGAAGACCACAGCCAGCAAGACAUGAGGAUCACUCUGUCAGCAUUUGAGACCGUGCUGUGGUAGAACACUGAGCUACGCAUUGCUAUCAACCAGGAAGCAGCACAGACAAGACCACUGGAUACAGUGUGAGAACUGGUCAGACUCACGGCUUGCCAAAGUGUUUUCGGUGUUGUUAGGUCGUUGUUCGAUGGACUACCUCUAGGGUGGCUCGUCAUUUGAGAUAUCUGUUUCACAGACGGGAGUAAGUAUGGAGGCCGGUUAUGAGUUCAUUCUGGAGUGAGUCCUGCUCAGCAGUGAGUAGCUGAAAAAACGUGUGGAGAAGGACCCAGCCGGUCUCCACCUUCUCGCUCGCCAACUGUGCAUUGAGUCAUCGAGCUCUUUGCUUCUAGCAUGCUUGUAACUAUUGGUAUUGAGUAAUGUGGAUAAGGGAAGUGCCCUGCUUACCGCGACCUGAGUUCUGUCACUCCCACGGAGAUUUCUGCAUUGAGUGCUGGAUGUCUGUAGACUGAUAGUGAAGUAUGAGUGGAAAGCUCUGUGCCUUAUCUCCUUCGAGAAACCUUUCAAAAAUAGAUUCCUGUGCUGCAAAAAUUGAUUGCCUUUGUCCGUUUUCACAGACCUACUGGUGGAACCUGGAAUCAGAAUGUUGUGAAGAGUGUACUGUACAAGUAGUAAAAAUGUUAUCAUUGAGUAAAACCAGAAGUCUGAAAAUCUAAACACUGUGGCCCUGGAGGUUCCCCUGAAGGGAAACACUUACAGAAAUCUGUGAUGGUUUAAUAUCGAACAGACCCACAUAUUUCUCUACACGACUUCUUAAAAGUGCCACUAAAAACACAUUACCGGUAUUUGGAGUGCCUUAAAAAGUCCCCAAACCACGGCCAAUGCAAAUGCCAUAAUGCUGCUCAACAUUCUACUUCAAAAGCAAAUACUAGUUAAUGAUAAAUGAACAGUAAGUGUCCUUUUAAUAUACGUUUGCACGAUAAUGCCAAGAGUUUUGUCUUGAAGCAGUAAGAAUUCAGUGAAGAAAGAUCUUCCAACUGUGUUCGAUCACUGACAAAACUCUGCCCCUUUUUACCUAAGAGCAUGCUUGCCUGUCAUGCAGAGUACAUGCACACAUAAACUUAGUAGGUUUCUGUGAGCAGUAGAUAUCGUGGCACAUGAGAUGUUUCGCCAAGUUUGCUUGUCUGUAAGAGCGCAUCACUUCAAGAGUUUUAACAAAGGAGCAAAGCCCAUAUCAAGAUAUGGAUAUACUGUAAGUAGUGUCUGUGCUUUAAUAUAACCGUGAACUAUUCCCAACAAUAGAGGAACAGCUCUGGGGGUUUAGCUUGGGGGUGGGGGCAAGAAUAACUGCAUUGAUUGAAAUCCUGUUGAAUGAUGAUGAAAGUAAAAAUCUGGACACUGAGACCCGCCGGUUAAUCAACAUUAUGGCAGUGUAGUCGUCAAUGCAAUGAGUUGUCAAACUAAACCCAGAUUUUUUCAGACACUUUUUUUCCCCGUGUGAACCUCUUCAUGUUUGCCUCCAAUAUUCAGCAUUGGACAACGGGUAUAUCAUAUAUUUUUUAUCCAAUAUGUAUAUUUCUUGAGUCUUGCACAAGUGUCCCACAUGUCGGCUGGUCUUAGAGUAAAGUUAAUCUUUUAAAGAGUCGAUGUUUUACAAAAAUGCAUGGAGGUUCUAGUAUAAUUUGAGGUCUGCCUUGCAAAAAAGGAUUUUAUGUUUCAAAAGUGAAAAGUAGAGGAAACCAGCCAAAGGUGAAACUAGAUGGUGGUACAGUUAACAUCCAAUUUUAUACGACACCUGCAUAAAUCCCUGUCAUCUGAUUUGUGGAUGGCUGACCACAUGGUCUUGAAUUAUUUGUACCAAUGCAGCACGUGCAAUAGAAACAAAGAAUGAACACCUCCGGAUCGUUUGCACUGCAGCUUCCAGUGGCACAAGUUUCUAUAUGGCAAAAUGACAAGCGAUCAAGCUCCAUUGUUCACAAUUCUACGAAAUAAUAAGAACUUAUUUUUUGUAAGUAAUGCUGAUUGUGCCAACAUAAGGAAAGAGAUAAAAUGCUGCCACAAGUUUAAAUGAGCUUGGAAUAUCAUGUCAAAAAUUAACGGAUUCACAACUGGACAACUGCCAGUUUGAAUCAGUUAAUUAAUCCAGCUGCACUCAGGAAAUCAGAUGGCAAGGAUUUUUAUUGGGGGGGGGGCCAUACUGUGCCGUAGAUUGUAAGUAUUCUUCCAUAACCAGAAAUAUUCUUCUGGUAUCAGCCAGACCUUGGAAUUAAGUCAGUAUUCAGUUUUUGAAAAAUUGUUAAGCUAUUCAAAUUGAGUUUCCAAAGGGCCUGUUAAUUGGAGAUGGAUAAUAUUUGCUAUAGUGUUGUAUGUCAUUGUCAGCGAUUAGUGUGUGCAAUAGUUAUGGCUCGCUGUCUGUAUGUGCUGUCAUUUGUAUUUGUAGGUUGUCAGUAAUCUUAUGAUUUGUUACAUUUUAAUUAUUUGACAUUGGAUGGGUCUUGUUAGUAUGUGAAACCUUUGGAAUGAGAAUUUCAUGUCUGACUAAAUUGCUCUGUCUAUUUGAAAAGCAGUUCUUUUGAACAUCUAUCUCAAAAAAUAAGAUGCAGUAACAGUUCAGGAACCAUAUCACACAUGACAAGUUAUUAGCAACAAUUCAAUGAACUCCUUUAUCUGACAGUGUAAGAGUGCCUAAGUCCUGUGGUUGUGGAUGAAAUUAACAUGCAUGUCUAUCACGGCUAUUGGCCAAUAGCAGCUUGGGAUUUGAGUCCAUCACAACUCCAGUCGCAAGUCCUGUCACGGGACCAGUCAUAAGCAACUGGGUGAACACAGACACCGGAGUGCUUUUUGUCACAGCUCAUCUAGAGCUGGUGACUCUGGCUUGGCACAUGGGAUGAACUUGUCAUGGGCUGGUGAUGGAGUUGAUCGUAGCACCGGCUAAGGGAUUUCGUGAGCCAGAGCUUUGGGCAUGGGCAUUGAGGGUUGGAGAGGGACAAGGACCAGGACAUUUUUUUUAAGGUUAGAACAAUAAAAGAAAAUGGUCGUUUGUCAGUUGGUGAAUCGCUCUGUCCUAAAGAGAGCUGUGUAUCUUUACUGGUGAUACUUAUGACUUCUGACACAGCGUUGUGGAGUCCUCAAUUUAUUAAUGCUCAAUAGGUUUCAAAUUGGGAUUUUUAUCCCCACCCAUGGCUUUUGCCAAUGCCCCAGAUUACAGUAAUAGGCCUUGUACUUGAAGGACUCCUAAACAUUGGCACUGCUUACUUGAAGUGUGGAGUUGCUGUUAUUGAAGAUAGGCAUGUACGUGUAUUGUGCCUUAUCUUCAUAAGCCUUCAAAUUGUCCAAGUAGGAGUUAAAACGUUAAGCAAAGUUGACACUUGAAAGUAAUGUUGGUAGCAUCUUAAGCACAGCUAAUGGGUUUGUAGUUAGAGCCGGUAAGCACACAAACUCUGUAUUCAGCCUUUCGAAGUGUCAAGAGCUGUCCAUAAUUCUCAAUAUUUUUGCAAUGCUUUAAGACGUAGGGCAAAGGAAGGAGAAAGUAGUUGCCAGCUUGGUAAGACUUUCAUCCGGUGGUGAAUGCCAAAGAUAUAUGUAUGUAUGUUUUGGGGUUUUAAAGCAACUGUCAAAAGUGUGAAAAGAAAAUUUGAAAGAUGUAAUUCACAGGAAGAAAGGGCUUUGAAAUUUGUUUUCCUCUUUGGUACAAACCUAUCUGUAACUUUUUUUGCUAAACUAGAUAAAAAUACUAAACUAGAUAAAAAUACUAAAAAAGAAUUUCAAAAAGACGACUUACAUAUGAUUUUUAAAGGCUUUGUUUAAAAAGUACUUAAAAUUGCUCAAAGUUGCACCAUUACUUCUGACGCAUUUAUUUAUACAUGUGCAUGUACUAUGAACACAUCUUUUUGGGUUUUUUUUGUAUUUUCAUUGUAAGAUAUGAAGCAGUCUUUGUACCAUAGCAACUUAACCGCUCAGAUUCACACAUUUUUGUGUGUUUGCGAUAUUUCAACGAAGUGUACCACGUUCACUCCUGUACAAACAUACUUACUCAGCUGCUUCACUGUACAUUUUUUGUCUCCCUACGUAUUCUGUCAUUGCGUAGAUGCAACUCUUUUUUUUUUUGUUACAGAAAGAGACAAUGCACAUGAAUGUUCAAAAUAGUUAUUUAAUUCACCUUUUUUGGCUGGUAUCAUUCACAGUUUUGUACAUAUUUGCAGAGUAAGUGGCUCAUUAAAGAUGUUUAAGUACCAAAUACCUAAAUCAGCUGCGUUGGUUUGUUAGUCAGUUGGCUGGUUUGUGUGUUUAUGUGCUAUUUGAAUUGAGUAUGCGUGCUUUUGAAAGUAAAAAAAAAAAGGGACAGUGGCGUGGAGAGAAAUGAAUUGUCAAUGUAGAAAAGCACAUGAUCUUUGUUAAGAUUUAGCCAACUUUUAUUGAAUUACCAAAAAGGAAAAACAUGGUUGUCUUUGAUAAACAGGUUUUAACAGUACAUGUACUUAAUUACGAAGGUCCAUGCUCAGAUUAUCCGCCUUGAACAGAAGCGCACCCCCGUCCAUCAGUGCAAAAGAACCAUGUUGAUGGAUAGUAUUAAUUUUGUUUGUGGAGACUAACCGUAAACAUGAAUUUCAUAGUCCCUUUUGAACCAGCAGAGUGCGUUUCCUACCAAAGGAGCCCCCACAACAAGGAAAAUUGCACCUUCUGUUGGUCUUUCUCCGAGCAGAUAAAGUAAGACAGUACAGGUUGGUAAAUCAUUACAGAAAGGACACAACAGAAUGACUUGGGUCACGGAUAUACUUGGCGAAAAUAUUUUAAUAAAUAAAUCUGCUACACUUGGCAA